AUGUCCAAAGCCUCCGAAUCCGCCAUGUCCGAAUCCUCCACGUCCGAACCCACCGUGUCCGAAACCUCCGAAUCCACCAUGUCCAAAGCCUCCGAAUCCGCCAUGUCCGAAUCCUCCACGUCCGAACCCACCGUGUCCGAAACCUCCGAAUCCACCAUGUCCAAAGCCUCCGAAUCCGCCAUGUCCGAAUCCUCCACGUCCGAACCCACCGUGUCCGAAACCUCCGAAUCCACCAUGUCCAAAGCCUCCGAAUCCGCCAUGUCCGAAUCCUCCACGUCCGAACCCACCGUGUCCGAAACCUCCGAAUCCACCAUGUCCAAAGCCUCCGAAUCCGCCAUGUCCGAAUCCUCCACGUCCGAACCCACCGUGUCCGAAACCUCCGAAUCCACCAUGUCCAAAGCCUCCGAAUCCGCCAUGUCCGAAUCCUCCACGUCCGAACCCACCGUGUCCGAAACCUCCGAAUCCACCAUGUCCAAAGCCUCCGAAUCCGCCAUGUCCGAAUCCUCCACGUCCGAACCCACCGUGUCCGAAACCUCCGAAUCCACCAUGUCCAAAGCCUCCGAAUCCGCCAUGUCCGAAUCCUCCACGUCCGAACCCACCGUGUCCGAAACCUCCGAAUCCACCAUGUCCAAAGCCUCCGAAUCCGCCAUGUCCGAAUCCUCCACGUCCGAACCCACCGUGUCCGAAACCUCCGAAUCCACCAUGUCCAAAGCCUCCGAAUCCGCCAUGUCCGAAUCCUCCACGUCCGAACCCACCGUGUCCGAAACCUCCGAAUCCACCAUGUCCAAAGCCUCCGAAUCCGCCAUGUCCGAAUCCUCCACGUCCGAACCCACCGUGUCCGAAACCUCCGAAUCCACCAUGUCCAAAGCCUCCGAAUCCGCCAUGUCCGAAUCCUCCACGUCCGAACCCACCGUGUCCGAAACCUCCGAAUCCACCAUGUCCAAAGCCUCCGAAUCCGCCAUUUUACAUGAAUAA